AUGCAGAUAGUUUUGAGGGAGCACGUUCUCGUCUUCCACUUGAUCAGGUGCCAGGACAAUAUAUACACGCUAAAGAAAUUCCUGAAGAAUAAGGAUGUCACAUUUGUAGGUGUGGACAUAAGGACUGACCACAAGUUGCUUUACAAGCAAUGGCUAUAUAUUCCACUUGGCAAGCAUCUGGACCUCCAGAAUAUGUUGAAAAUACCAGGCUAUGGUAACAGGGCUGGCAUGGCUACUAUGGCUUCCGAGCUCAUCAACCUGAAGUACGCCGGCAUGAAGGAGAAGUUUGUGACGGACUACGACAAAUUCAAAGGCCAUAAUUACUGUGAAUGGAAGCCUCUAUCCGAUAUGAACCUGGAGUAUGCUGCCAUUGAUGGUUAUGUCACCUAUGAACUCGCCCGCAUUGUGAGUAUAGUGAACUAG